CUCUCUGAAGGAUUCGCGUGAUGGACGAAAUUCGCGAAGUCCUUGGCGCCCCCGAGUGGUACCUCGCCGCCGAUCUGCAGACGGUGAGCGAAUCGGAGGACCAGAAAUGUGCCACUUUCGUCGUCAAUUUCAUGGGACCUCAAGCCCACCAGCUGGAGCAGGAUUUCUCUCGCGUCCUGGCCGGCGGGAUCCUCGACCAUCCUACGAUCAGCAUCCGCGGCGUGUAUCCCGACCCAAGAGGAAGAAGAGGUCCCCUACCGCACGUGUGGAGGGUUGGAGGAGGAGGACGUGUUCGGGAUGAGGAAUCGUGGUGGAACGUCCUCACAGGGAACAACAAACCGGGCGCAGCUGUCUCGAGGGGCACCUCCUUCAGCGCCUCCGUCGGUACCUUGGUCGCGUCGUCGGCUCUCGUCGUCCUGGUCGUGGGGAGGCAACUGUAGAAAGAGAAGAGAGGAAGAUGUAUUUUGAUUUUGAUUUUUUUUUGUGUGUGUGUGUG